AUGAAGGUUUUUUCUAAUAAUAAUACACAAAACGAUUUGUUUCAUCACCGAAUCAAAUGGAUUGUCUUACUUGGACAAACCUUUGGUCUUUUACCAGUAAAUGGCGUGACUUCGGAAAAAUUUGAUUUAACUUUUAGUUGGUACUCGACAAAAGUCUUUUACUCAAAUAUUAUCAUCUUCGGAUCAAUCCUUUCAACCACGACAACGUUUUACAGAAUUAUUCAUUCGGGAUACAAUCUCACCACCUUUGGUAGUUUUAUUUUUAACGCAAACGCCGCUAUUGAAGGAAUAAUAUUUUUCAAUUUGGCCAAGAGUUGGCCUGAACUGAUUAGGAAAUGGAGUCGUGUGGAAACAUCUCUUGCUAAUUGGAAAAAUAACAAAUCUUUGAAAAGAAAAUUUUAUUUGGUAAUCUCUACGAUAAUGUCAGCAGCUGCAGUUGAACAUAUUUUAUCAAUAGUGAACAAUUGGUCUCAAAUUCCAUCAGAUGUUGAAGAUAAAUACUCAACUUAUUUUAUUAAAAGUUAUCCUCAUUUAUUUAAUUUUUUUGAGUUUUCGAUACCUUUAGCAAUUUUCGCUGUGGUAAUGAAUCUUUGCAACGUAUUUGUGUGGAAUUUUCUAGAUGGAUUUUUAAUAAUUAUAAGUAUCGCUCUUAGCGAGAAAUUUCGACAGGUCACUGCAGGAGUUAUAGUAGCACAUAAUGAAAAGAUACACUUCAAACAUCAUUGGAUCAAGUUAAGAGAAGACUACAAUCAAAUCUCAGUCUUGUGCAAAACUGUUAAUAAUAAAAUAAGCACCCUCAUUAUAGUCUCUUUUGGUACAAAUAUGUUUUUCAUAGUGUCUCAACUGUAUUGGAGCCUUAGUCUCGUUAAAACAACACCAGUUGAAAGUAUUUACUUUUCAUUUUCUUUUGGUCUUUUAGUUUUACGAACAAUAGCAGUAACACUUUUUGCAUCAAAUAUUAACGAUGAAAGCAAGAAAUCGAUGAAUUACCUUCUAUCAUUGAGUUCCGACAUCUACAACACUGAUAUUGAACGAUUCGCCUUUCAGAUUCACUCUCAACCGGUUGCACUUACAGGAAAUGACUUUUUCACAAUUACGAGAGGACUUCUUUUUAGCAUGGCCGGAAGCAUCGUCACUUAUGAAUUAUUUUUAAUUCAAUCAAAUGAAGUGCUCACUUUUUGA